AUGGAUAAAUCGUCAUCAAAACCGUCGUUUUUCUCAUUCUCGCCGCUCAAGAGUAACUUGAAGAGUUCGUCGGCAAAGGCAAAGUCUCUCUGUUGGCAGAAAUCCGUCAAGGAGGAGAAUGCCAACUGGACGACAGUUGACCGCUCUGGGCUCACCCCCACACCGGAAGAGGCUCGGAGGUCCCGGAUGUCGCGGCGGCGAUGCUCGGCACCCUGUGCCAUGCCCCUGGCCGUGGAUAUGCAGUCCCGAAAGCCGUCAUUGAAGUCAUUACAAAUUAUGAAACUCGGCAGCAAUGAGGUACCGUCGCCUUCAAACUCGAUAUCUUCAACAGAAGAAAAUGAGCUGACAGAGGAACAGAGAAAAGAACUCAGAAAGGCAUUUGUGAUGUUCGAAAAAGGAGGAAAAAAUAAAAUGGCUGCCAGAGACCUCGGGGCCUUGCUUCGGUGUCUGGGAUGGAACCCUUCAGAGCGUGAACUAGAGGAGGCAAAACACGAGCUCGUCGUCAGCUCGCGUGGUUCUGUGACGUUCGCGGAGAUUGAGCGCUACAUGGCGCGGCGGGGAGGCAUACUGUACGGCUGCCAGGAUAAAGAGGAUAUCCAAGAGGCUUUCCAGGUUCUGGACGGAGAUGGGGACGGGAAGAUCUCCAUACGGGACUUCCGGUACUUUAUGACCACCAUGGGUGAAAAGAUGACAGACGAGGAGGUAGAGGACAUGCUUCAGUCCGUCUACAAGCGGAAACACACAAACUUCGACAGCAUCGAUUUCCAUGUGUACGUGAAUAACUGUGGUCAUGCGGAGGACUUUGUGGAUAAAGGCGGAAUCAUCUCUCCAGAGGACCAUGCGGAGUCGAUCGUUCACUCCAAGCUUCUAAUGUCUUCUAAAUCGCACGAGUGUUGGCGUUAA